AUGAACGAAGUUAGUAAACAAACGGAAAAGCCUGAUGGACAUGAAGGAUCUGCUGCUCGAACAAGACCUACAAGCGUUGAGGAGAUUAUGCUAAGGAGGAAGAGGAAAGAGUCCUUGGAAAAUGUGGAGGAGGAAACUGUAGGAGCAGCUGAGUUACUGGGUAACGAUCUUGUUGAAAAGGCUUCUGCCUAUAAUGAGCCUGGAACAGGGUAUGAUAGAUCCAAGAAAGUGAGUCGUGAAGAACGAGUUAAGUACAGUCCAAGAAAGAAAGAAGACGUUAUGUCUAGUUCGACGGAAGAAAGACUAGAUAAACCGAUGAAAGAGGACCAUGUGGGAGCAUCUCAGCUACUCAGUAAUGAUCUUGUUGAGAAAGUUCCGGACUAUCAUGUGCCUGAAAAAGGUUAUGAUAGAUCAGAGAGGUUGAGGCGUGAAGAACGCGAUAAGGACAGUUCAAGUAAGAAAGAAGACGCCAUUAGUUCUAGAGAAGAAAUACUAGAUAAGGACCCUGUUGGAGCACCUCAGUUACUGGGUAACGAUCUUGUUGAGAAGGCUUCUGACUAUCAUGCGUCUGUAAAAGAGCAUGAAAGGUCCGAGAAGGUAAGUCGUGAAGAACGUGUUAAGGACAGCUCAAGAAAGAAAGAAGAUGCCACUUCUAGUUCCAGGGACGAAAGAGUAGAUAAACCGAUGAACGAGCACCAUGUUGGAGCAGCUCAGUUACAACGUAACGAUCUUGUUGAGAAGGUUUCUGACUAUCAUGCGUCUGAAAAAGAGCACGAAAGACCCAAAAAAGUGAGUCGUAAAGAACGUGUUAAGGACAGCCCAUUAAAGAAAGAAGAGGUUACUUCUAGUUCGAGGGAAAAAAGAGUAGAUAAACCAAUGAAAGAGGACCCUGUUGGAGUAGCUCAGUCACAACGUAACGAUGUUGUUGAGAAGGUUUCUGACUAUCAUGCGUCUGAAAAAGAGCAUGAUAGAUCCAAAAAAGCUAGGCGUGAAGAACGCGUUAAGGACAGUUCAAGAAAGAAAGAAGACGUCAUUUCUAGUUCUAGAGAAGAAAAAUCGAUGAAAGAGGAUCGUGUGGGAGCAGCUCAGUUACUGGGUAACGAUCUUGUUGAGAAGGUUUCUAACUAUUAUGAGUCUGAAAAAGGGUAUGAUAGAUCCGAGAAACUGAGGCGUGAAGAGCAUGUUAAGGACAGGUCAAGAAAGAAGGUAGAGGUCAUUUCUAGUGCUAGAGAAGAAAAACUAGAUAAACCAACAAAAGAGGAGGAGCCCUCUGCAAAUAGAAAACGGAAGGCAGAAGGAGAGGGUUCUACAGCUGAAACAAAUUUAGUGGAAGAACAUAGUAAGGAUAGACGAAUAAAGAAAGAAGAAACUAAUUCUAGUUGUAGGGAAGAAAGACUAGAUAAAAAGAUGAAGAAGGAAGACCUUGCUGCAAACAGAAAAAUAAGGGUUGAAGGAGAAUUCCCUCCAACUGAAAUGAAAACAAUGACAGAUAGAGAUGGGCAUGGUGUGGAUACCAAAAUAAAAGCAAAAAGAGAAAUCCCUGCUGCAAAGACAACUGAAAAGCAGAUUCAUCCUCAAGAAACACGCCGUGAACAAGCAAGAAGUGCUCCUGAAAAUUUAGCUGGUAGUAGGAAGCGUCUUAGAAGUCUAGUGGUGGCAGACAUACCUCGAGAUGAAAAUAGUAUGAAACCUGACAGUGGAAACAAGAGAAAGAAUCAGAAUGCAGAUGAUAUGAAGAAUAGGGAGAGAAAUGUGUCAAGGAGGCAUGAUCCAGAAAAAGUGCAUAGUGUUGAAGUUUCAGAGCGAUGGGAGAAAAGGGAACAGCCGAAAUCAGAUCACCGUAACAUGAGAGAGAAAAGGAGGAGAUCAAGAAGUCGAGAUCAUGGACAUGAUAGACAGAAAAGGUCACCCCCCUUACCAAGGGCUGAAAAGGCUACAUCGCGUCAUAAAAGAGACCACGAGGAGCGCUCGGAAAAUACUGUUAAAGAUAGGUCAGCAAAGCAUCAUUUUAAUGAUAAUGAAAACAAAGUGGCAAGCACUAUAAACAACAACAAGUCUAGACGGUAUAGUGCCUCCAAAAGUGAACUUGGUGGAUAUUCACCACGGAAAAGAAGGGAGGAGGCCUCUGCCAAGGCUGCUUCUCCACCUAAUCUUUCUUCUGAGAAAAAAAGUGCUAAAUGGGAUCUUACACCUACUGUAACUGCUGACAUGUCCUCGGGCUCAUUUUUUUCCGGUCUUCAAGCAGCAACGCAGACAUCAUAUCCUGCCAUCAGUGAGGCUUCCAUGACGCUUUUGAAGCCACUAAUGGAGGCAUCUUUUAGAACGCCACUAGCAAGGCAGACCACUUCAGUUGAUUCUGUUCAACUGACCGAAUCCACCAGGCGUAUGAGGAGACUUUACGCAGAGAAUGUGCCGGAUUCAGCCUCUGAGAAGUCUCUGAUUGAAUGCUUCAAUGGCUAUAUGCUAUCUUCAGGCUCCAAUCACAUAAAAGGAAGCGAACCAUGUAUAAGCUGUAUUAUAAACAAGGAAAAAAGCCAAGCACUAGUGGAGUUCCUUACACCACAGGAUGCUUCUGCUGCACUCUCCUUGGAUGGCUGCUCCUUUGCGGGAUCAAACCUCAGAAUUCGACGCCCUAAAGACUAUGUCGAGACAACAGUAAGAAUUAUCUACAUUUUCUUUCUCUAG